UGCUAACAAGGCAUGUCAUAUAUUAAGCACUAUCACUUCCCUCCCGUGUCUCCUUUGUUCCUUCACAGACCCAAAAAUGCCAAUCCAUUAGAAGGAACAUAACAGAAAAGAACACAACAAAAGAGAGACAAAGGAAGAGGUUUGGGAAAAAGGAGAAUGGAAACUCAUUUCCUCUUCUUCUUCUACUGUUGUAUUGGGCUUUCACUUGUUUUUGCUGAGGGAGCUCAGAUGAACAAUGAGCUCUCAUCUCUGCUUUCCAUAAAAUCGGUCCUCGUCGAUCCCUUAGGCAACCUCAAGGACUGGAGGUCGCCGAAUGGCUCUGUCGGAACUGAUGGUAUCGUUCAUUGCACCUGGACUGGCGUGGUGUGCAGCCCCAGCGGGUUCGUAGAGAAGCUUGACCUUUCCUACAUGAACCUCAGCGGCCGGGUCUCCGAGCACAUUCAGGACCUGACCAGUCUCGCCUCGAUAAACCUGAGUGGGAACUUGUUUGAUUCCUCGCUCCCGAAGUAUCUCCCAAACCUCACGUCCCUCAGGAGCAUCGACGUGAGCAUGAACAACUUCAUUGGGCAGUUCCCUAUUGGUCUCGGGCAGGCCCGAGUGCUGAGGGAACUCAACGCGUCGAGCAACAAUUUUGCAGGCGCCAUCCCGGAAGACCUUGGAAAUGCAACCCUUCUGGAGAGCCUCGACUUGAGGGGAAAUUUCUUUGAGGGAUCAGUCCCGGCUUCGUUUGAGAACUUGCAAAGUCUGAGGUUUCUUGGGAUCUCGGGGAAUAAUCUUACUGGAAGGAUCCCGAGAGAGCUCGGGAGGCUUUCUUCACUGGAGACAAUCAUUCUCGGGUACAAUGAGUUUGAGGGGGAGAUUCCUUCAGAGUUUGGGAAUCUGUCGAACCUUCGUUACCUCGACUUAGCAGUUGGGACUCUGAGUGGUCAGAUUCCUGCUGGGCUUGGGAAGCUCCAGAAGCUCACAACAGUUUAUUUGUAUGAUAACAACUUCUUGGGGAUUAUCCCACCAGAGAUUGGAAACAUGUCCUCUCUCGUAUUCCUGGACCUCUCGGCCAACCAGAUAUCGGGAGAGAUUCCUGAGAGCAUUGGAGAUUUGAAGAACCUGGAACUUCUUAACUUAAUGUGCAACCGGCUGACUGGUUCUGUUCCAACUCAACUUGAGGAGUUAACCAAUUUGCAGGUUCUUGCUCUGUGGAAGAACUCCUUGACUGGAAUCCUGCCUCCGAAUCUUGGAAACAAAUCGCCUCUUCAGUGGCUUGACGUCUCCUCAAACUCCUUGUCAGGCAAAAUCCCGAAAGGCCUCUGCAAUUCGGGAAACCUCACCAAGCUCAUUCUCUUCAACAACUCCUUCUCAGGCACGAUCCCUCUCGGGCUCUCAGGCUGCAAUUCAUUAGUCCGAGUACGGGUGCAGCACAACCUUAUCUCCGGCCCAAUCCCAAAUGGUUUUGGGACCCUUCCAGGACUCCAGCGGCUCGAGUUGGCCUAUAACAACGUAUCAGGUCAGAUCCCACAGGAUUUCUUCCUCUCCCCUUCGCUUUCUUUCAUAGACCUCUCACAUAACCAACUCCAAUCCUCCAUCCCUUCUGGGAUCUUCUCACUCCCCAGCCUUCAGACCUUUAUAGCCUCAAACAACAAGUUAGACGGGAAAAUCCCAGAUGAAUUCCAGGAUUGCCCGUCCCUUGCCUUGCUCGAUCUCUCAAGCAAUGGUUUCUUGGGAAGUAUUCCCGAUAGCAUAGCUUCAUGUCGAAAGUUAGUGAAGCUAGAUCUCAAAAACAACCAUUUCGAUGGUGAAAUCCCAAAAUCUCUUGCAGCAAUGCCAACUCUAGCAAUUCUGAACCUCUCCAACAACUCCUUCGCUGGUCAAAUCCCAGAAAAUUUUGGGAGCUCACCAGCCUUGGAAAGUCUUAACUUGUCAUAUAACAAACUCGUCGGCCAAGUCCCUUCGAUGGGGAUCUUGACGAACAUUAACCCAAAUGAACUAGUGGGCAAUCCCGGUCUUUGUGGAGGGGUGCUUCCCCCCUGUUUGCAGAAGUCUUCUAGUUGGUCAAGGCAGCAAAAGGGCAUGCAUGUCUAUCACAUAAUAGUAGGUUUCGCGAUCGGGACAUCGGUGAUUCUAUGCUUUGGCCUCACAUUCUUUGUUGGCAAGUUCCUCUAUCGGAGAUGGUACUUGUACGAUACCAAUUACUUCUAUGGACGAUGGUUUAAGAAGGGUACUGAGGAAUGGCCUUGGCGCCUUGUGGCAUUCCAGAGAGUGUGCUUCACUAGUGGAGACAUCUUAGGCUGCAUCAACGAGUCGAACAUCAUAGGGAUGGGCGGGACCGGGAUGGUGUACAAGGCUGAGAUUCACCGGCCUCAUGUGGUCGUGGCGGUUAAGAAGCUGUGGAGGUCAGGAUCGGACAUAGAGAAUGGGGAAGACCUGCUAAGGGAAGUCAAUCUCCUGGGGAGGCUUAGGCAUCGCAACAUCGUAAGGCUCUUAGGGUAUGUCCACAACGAGAGCGAUGCGAUGAUGGUGUAUGAAUACAUGCCGAACGGGAACCUUGGGACUGCCCUGCACGGGAAACAGGCGGGAAAGUUGCUCGUAGACUGGGUCUCGAGAUACAAUGUAGCAGUCGGGGUUGCACAAGGGUUGAAUUAUCUCCACAAUGAUUGCUACCCACCAGUUAUUCACCGGGACAUCAAGUCAAACAAUAUACUGCUCGAUGCAAAUCUCGGGGCAAGGAUAGCAGAUUUCGGCCUUGCAAGGAUGAUGAUCCACAAGAAUGAGACUGUAUCAAUGGUUGCUGGAUCUUAUGGAUACAUAGCACCAGAAUAUGGGUACACACUGAAGGUAGACGAGAAGAGUGACAUAUACAGCUUUGGUGUCGUGCUUCUGGAGCUCCUGACGGGGAAGAUGCCAUUGGACCCGGGAUUUGGGGAGUCGACAGACAUAGUGGAGUGGGUCAGGACAAAUAUCAGAGACAACAAGGCCGUGGAAGAAGUCCUGGACCCGAGCAUUGCAGGCCAGUGCAAGCUGGUCCAAGAAGAGAUGCUCUUGGUACUCCGAAUCGCACUCCUUUGCACCGCUAAGCUGCCAAAGGACCGACCCUCUAUGAGGGAUGUUUUGAUGAUGCUUGGAGAGGCCAAACCCCGGAGGAAGAGUGUGUGCUACAAUAACAACAAUGACGGGCAAAAUGUGGCAAAGGACAGGCCGGUCUUUAGCACUUCGCCAGUGAUCGGCCUUCUAUAGGAAGGCAAGAGCAGCAUCUACAUUGAGACUGCUGAUUUGUGCAGUUCUUUUAUUCAUUUUUUUUCCAGGUUAUGUAAAUUUCCCAUUCUUCAUUUUGCUUAGCCGAGAUCUAAGAGGACAAAUUAGAAUUCGGCAGGAAGUUGUAAGAAAUCGUUGAAUGUUUAUCCUCGGAGUAACAUAUCUAAUCAGCAACAGAGGUUCCCAUCU